UGGACACCGAGUAAAAUAAAUACCGGAUUAACGACAACUAUAGCUAUUCUCAUUGCUCUAGGUAUUAUAGUAAUUUGUUUUCUUGCUUUUAGACCUCGAUCAGCAAAGAUCGAUCAAAAUUUAGCAAAAAUAUCAGAUAAUAAGAUCAUCAACAAAAAAAUGCAACUAGCAAAUAAAGAUAGUACAUCAAUUGAAAAUAUAACAAGUAAUACACCAGCCAAUGAGAACAUAAUUAAAAACAUAGAAAUUAAACCAAAUGAAAAUAAAUUUAUAGAUUCAGGAAAGAUAUCCAUUGUAGAUGUAAAACCAAAACCAAAACCAGAACCUGAUUAUUUCCGUCAAUUUAUGUUUAGCAAUACGAAAACAGAUUCAUCAAAAAAUCUCGAAGUAAUAUUAGUACCACCACAUACUGAUUUGUCAGAAUUACAAGGACCAAGUUGGCGAGUAUUCAUACCGGUACCACCAACAACACCACCAAUAACACCACCAACAACACCACCAACAACACCAACAGUAAUAGCAGAAGCAGCUCAGCCAUUGUUAGAUGGUGCAAUACAAACUCAAAUCAUUUGAUACAAUAUUUCAUUGAAACAAAAAUCGAAAUUGAAAUCAAAAUAAAAUUAU